AUGGGGCGCGUGCGGCGGCGCGUGGCACGAGGCCGGCAGCGACGCGAGCUUGAGCAGCGCGGGGCGGCGGCGCGCGCGGGGCCGCUGGAACGAGCGCCGGCUGUGCACGCGGCGCGCCGCCGCCGACCGCGCGUGCGCACUCGGCAGCCCCCGGCGCUCCGGCCCCUCCCCCGGCUCGGCGGGCGCGUGGCCGUCGGAGGUCGGCGCGGGCGGGGCGGGGCUUGGGGCGCGCGGCCGCGGGAGGCGCGUCGGCAGCGGGGGCUUCUCGGCGGCGGCGGGCGGCCCGUGGCGCGGGGACGCGCGUCCGGUCAGCGGCGUGUCGGAGCCGGUGUCACCUGCGGACGACGGGGCGUGAGCGGCGCGGCCAGUGCCGUCGGUCCCCGGCCUUGUGCAGACCGCGGGGACGCGGCUGCCUCCCUCGGCCGGCGGCUCCCGGGGGUGCGCGAUCGCGGGGCGACAGCAGCCCGAGCCACUGCACCUCCGCGGUGGUCACGUCGGCGGCCGCGCGACCCCGGGCAGAUUCAGCCGGGGCGCACGGCACCCUGCGCCGGGGACCCCCAGGACUCAGCGGAGCCCAGACGAGGAGGGAAAGGCCAGAGUCCAGGGCGGAAGCGGGGACAGACACAGCAGCAGCAGAAGCGGCGGGCAGAGGCCGGCCCGCGUCACUGCCCACAGCCAGACAGCAGUGGGGCCACCGAGGCACGUCUGCCGCACCAGCCCUGCCAGACGGCUGUUCCUGCGCCAAGGCCCAACCAGCAGCCAAGGGUGGACGGGCACAGGUGUCCCCCUGGGAAAAACCUGUUCCUGCCCAUUUGGAGCAGCCGCCCCGCCCCACCCACGCCUCACCCUCCCCGCUCCUCCCACAGGUGCCAAGAGGAAACCUUAAAUGACCCGCACCUGUUACAGGGCCUGGGGACUUUGGGGGGAAAAGACUGCCCCUCCCUUGGGGCCCGGCCUGGCCCGGCCCAGCCAGCCCUGUUCUCAGUUCCCUGUGAGCUCGGGAGUCAGCUUCAUGGCGUGACCACACAGGUCCCGCGUAGUUUGUGACCAAACUGACAAUCUAAGAGCAAAUGCUCGAAGAUAACCUGCUAAAGUAAGUCAAACGCCCGACAGCCCUGUGUCCCUGCGUCUCGGCUGCGAAGCGUGUGCUGCCGACAGGCUCUAGGAGGAGGAAGAGCAGCUGCUGGAGAAAGUGAAAGUUCAGUCCAGGGAGAGGGAGGCCCGCAGGAGGAGCUGAGAGAGAGCAGGGGUUAGGCCAUUACACGUUCGAGGAGCUGAGAGAGAGCAGGGGUUAGGCCAUCGCAUGUCGGAGGAGCUGAGAGAGAGCGGGGGUUGGGCCAUCGCAUGUCGGAGGAGCUGAGAGAGAGCAGGGGUUGGGCC